UUCCUCACUGGCUCUCUCUCUCUCUAUAUAUAAUAUUAUCCACAGUUGCAUGCAUGUUAAUUAAGCUCAUCCACCACUGCUCAUUAUAUUCAUCAUCAUUUUUAGAUGAAGAUGAAGAUGAAGAUGGUGUUGCUUUCUUGGAUGGUAGUAAUUGCAGCUAUGGUUGUGGUUGAUGGACAUUCACCUACUGGUAGUAAUGAAGGGCCCAGAGAAAUGAAGGACUGGUACAGAAAACUUCCUCACAUGAAACACAAGGUAACAGAGCUUCAUUUCUACCUGCACGACAUCGUCAGUGGCUCUAAUCCAACCAAUGUCCCACUCGUUGUCACUAAUUCCACUUCUCAAUCACCCACUUAUUUCGGGCUAAUAGCCGCGAUUGACGAUCCAUUAACAGAGGGCCCAGCCCCUGACUCCCCUAUUGUGGGUCGAGCACAGGGGCUAUUCGGUUCCACCUCUUUGGACAAGAUAGCCUACCAUAUGACCUUCAACUUUGUGUUCACAAGCGGAAAAUACAACGGCAGCACGCUCAGCGUUGUCGGCCACAACCCGUUUAUGGAUGAGUACCGUGAGUUGCCCAUUGUUGGUGGCUCCGGUGUUUUCAGACUAGCCCGUGGUACCGCUCUGUUGAAUACCCUAACCUUCAAUAGCACGUCGGGAGAUGCUGUUGUUGAGUACGAUGUUGUGGUAUUGCAUUACUAAUUAGUGGGACACCUACCCACGUACUGAAACACAGUAAUUAAUGUGGUAGUUACGUA